AUGGCCGGCGAUGGCGGCAUUCGCGUCCUGAAUCAGGGUGUGGGAUAUGGCAUUGUCGUGGGCAUCGGUGCGUUCUUCGCUCUGCUCAUGCUCUUGAUCACCUACCUGCAGAACCGAUACACAUCAUACUCCACAAAGCAAUCCGAGGAGUUUAACACGGCCUCUCGGAGCGUAAAACCAGGUCUCAUCGCCGCAGGCAUCGUCUCAUCAUGGACGUGGAGCAGCACGCUCUUGACGUCGAGCACGUUCGCCUAUUCGUACGGCAUCGGCGGCCCGAUGUGGUACGCUGCCAUGGGCUCCUCGCAGAUCCUCCUCUUCGCCCUCAUCGCCAUCAAGAUCAAGACCCAGGCCCCCGGCGCCCACACCUUUCCCGAGAUCAUCCUCGCGCACCACGGGCGCGCUAACCACCUCACCUACCUCUUCUUCGCCUGGGCGACGAACCUCCUCGUCGGAUCGUGCCUCGUGCUGGGAGGCUCGCAGGUCGUCGCCGCCCUGUCCGGCGUCAACGUCUACGGCGCGUGCUUCCUGAUCCCAUUUGUCGUCGCCGCCUAUGUGAUCGCCGGCGGGCUGCGGUCGACUUUCAUUGCGGACUAUGCGCAUACAGUCAUUUUGUUCAUUGCCAUCUUUACCUUUGGGUUCAGCAUCUACGCCACCAAUCCCGAGGUGGGAAGUAUCAGCCGGUUCUACGACCUGUUGCAGGAGGCCGGGCGAAACAUGCCCAUCGAGGGCAACGCCCAUGGGGGGAGCUAUCUGACGUUCAAGUCCAACGACGGGCUGGUCUUCGCUAUCGACCUGCUCGUCGCGGGAUUCUGCACCGUGUGGCUAGACCAGGCGUACUGGCAGCGCGCGAUUGCCUCAAGGCCAGAGACGAGCGUCAAGGCGUACCUAUUCGGGGGCAUGAGCUGGUACGGCAUCCCAUUUGGCUUCGCAACGGCCAUGGGUCUCGGCUGCGCCGCGCUGACGGCGAGCCCGUCCUUCCCCACAUUCCCAGACCCGCUCUCUGCGGCGCAAAACGGGAGCGGCCUCUCGGCGCCCGCCGCGGCGAUCGCGCUGCUGGGACGCGGCGGCGCUGGGCUUAUGCUUCUCCUGUUGUUCAUGGCGGUCACGUCGUCCACGAGCGCGGAGCUGAUCGCCGUCUCGAGCCUGAUUACCUUUGACGUGUACAAGACGUACGUCAAACCCAGAGCGACGUCGGACCAGCUGGUGCGCAUGAGCCACGCCGGCAUUGUGAUUUUCUCGGUCGUACUGGCUUCCUUCUGCUGCGUCCUCAACGCCGUGGGCAUCAACUUGACCUGGGUCCUGACGGUGCUGGGUGUGAUUGUGGGCGGCGCGUCUAUCCCGGUAGGCAUGAUUCUGCUGUGGGAACCCAUGUCCUCCGCGGCGGCGAUCGUGUCGCCGUGGGUAGGGCUGGGCCUGGGCAUGAUUGCCUGGUUUGUCGUGACCAAGCUGAGGAGUGGCACAAUCAGCGUAGACACGACUGGUGAUGUGACUAACGCCGCAGCGGGCAACAUCACGUCGUGUUGUGCUGGCGUCAUCUCCGCGUUCGUGUUGAGCUACGCAUUUCCCGCAAAAUGGGGAGCUGCAGAAUCUGAGCACAACCCCGAGGCCAAGAACAGGCUGCACAAGAUCUUGCACGGGGCCGAUCCGAGGCUGCCCACACAAGGUUCAGACAAUAGGGAGCAGCCUGCUUCGAGCCCAGCGCCUGAAACAGUUGUGCCCACCGGCAACGCAGUCGUGGACUUCCUCGAAGCUUCCUACUCGAAGCCGAUGGAUCCAGAGGCGGCACGGAAAGCUACGAGGCUCGCAUACGCCUUCAAUAUUAUUUAUUGGGCGGUUGCGCUGAUCCUUGUACCGUUCACAUUUUUCGGCAGCGAGUGGGAAUUUAGCAGGGCGGGAUUUACUGGUUGGUGCGUCAUGUCCUUCAUCUGGGUAUGGUUCAGCGCCUGUGUGUGUAUUUUCUGGCCUCUGUGGGAGAGCAGAGAAACAAUGAAGUCGAUCGUACAGGGAAUUGUCAAGUCGCGUAAUAGGACUUGA